AUGACCGAGCAAUCGCUGCAAUUCUUCAUCUUCGGCAACCCAGUGUCAAUGUCGCCGUCGCCUACGAUCCACAGCACUGGUUUCACAGUGAACGGAAGUCCCCACGUAUACAACAGGUUUGACAACAAGGACAUCGAAGAGGUUGUAUCCGAAUUGCGCAAGCCCUCUUGUGGCGGCGGCUCAGUAACUAUACCGCACAAGGAAUCCAUCAGGGCUUACAUGGACGAUUUGACAGAUGCCGCCCGCACAAUCGGUGCUGUCAACACAGUGACGAAAUAUGGCGAACGGCUUAAAGGCGACAAUACAGACUGGUUGGGCAUCAAGAACCAAUUGGAAACGCGCCUUCCAGGUCGGACAAAGACCAAUUUGACAUGCCUGCUUUGUGGAGCUGGCGGGACUGCAAGGGCAGCCGCCUACGCGAUGAAGCAAAUGGGGGCAUCCAGGGUCUUGAUUUACAACAGGACGGCCCUAAGAGCGCAAGAGCUGGCAUCAGAGUUCGGGUUUGAGGCUUGUGCAGAUCUAGCUGCUCUGCAGCACGUAGCAGAGUUGCACGUGGUGGUCAAUACCUUGCCAGGGAGCACCGAGUUCACUCUUCCAGAUUCAGCCGUCUUGCGGAGGAGCAGACCGGUUGUGCUGGAAGCCGCGUAUAUCCCACGACGGACAGCCUUCCUCCGCCAAGCUAUCGGUGCAGGCUGUGAGGUUGUUGAGGGCAUCGAAAUGCUUUUCGAGCAAGGCUGUGCGCAAUGUGAGAUUUGGACUCAAAAGCCUGCUCCACGAUCACACAUAGCCAGGGCUCUAGUUGAGGCGCUCUUCAAAGCUGGCUCCGUGCAUCCCGCUUUCGCAAAGAUGGAACCCCAUGGCGAACUGCCGACGUCGCUGGUCGAAGAGGCCAAGCAGCGAAGACCUGUCGCGCUGCUUUGUCUUGGCAUCUCUGCAUUCGUUUUGCUGACGACGGUUCUCGUUUAUGCGCGCCGGAAGCAGGCCAUGAAAAGGAGCUGA